UAUGGUUCAGUUUCAGACUCGAAAUGGAGUGUCAAACGUGUCCGUAAAUCAUAAUAAAUAGAAAUCUUCUAAUUUUCUUUAUUUUCAAUGAUCGCAGCAGCUUUUUAAUAAUCUGAUAAGAAUAUUCGAUUAUGUUUAUUUCGCAUUAUCUCCUGUUUGAUCUAAAUUUCCGUCGAAAACAUGGAAGAGGAGCCUAGCGAAAAUGAUUUGGAAAGACGAAUGUUUGCUUUAUUACACUACGCUGAUGAUACUGGGACAAAAGUUAACUUAGAUCAAAAGGACACAAACACAGUCGCUGAAACACAUAGCAACUCACGACGUUACUGGAACAAAAACAGCGAGCAGAACACACCUUAUCAAAAGAUCAAUACACCUUAUCAAAAAACAGCCACUCCUAAAGAGCCAGCUGCUGGCACUAAACAUGGAGUCAUCAAUAGUCAACAUAAAAAAGACGAUGAAGAAAAUACGUCGCCUCCUGACCUAUCCAUUUUCCAGCAACCAGUACCAAAUAAUAUAAGAAAAACCAUUGAGAUACUGGAAAAUGAAGACUUACAUUUUGUAGAGCUUGAGUCGAGCGAUGAGGAUGAAAUUGUUGAAGUAGCCCUGCCUCCCAAGCCUAUCAUUACUAUCGAGAGUUCAGAUGAAGACACACUUCCCGUGUCCAUUGGAUCGCCCGAAAAGAAGUCUAUUGAAAAACAUGAGACUAAAACUAGUGGUAAUAGAGAAGUGACCGCUAGUCCUGUCCCAUCUGUGGUCUCAUCUGUUUCAGAUGAGUUCAUACGUGGUGAUUGCAUAGCACUAAACAUAUCUUCAAAACAUGCCAAUAACCAAAGCUUUGACUUCAGUUUGCACGGUGCUGACCUCCUUGGCCAGACGCCUACCCGGAAAAGGAAGAAAAAAAGGAAUAAAGACACUUCAACUCCUAAUCAGACUCCUGUAAACUCUACCCCAGUAUCAGUAGACGAAUGCUUUGCAACACCAAUAAGUAAAGCCAAAAAUAAGCGGCAGAGAACAAAAUCAUACCGUGUCACUGAGAUAAGUGUACCAAAUCCAGAUGUUUAUGACUCUGACAGCAACCAGUCUGCUAACGAAGGCAGCAAGAAUGCAAAUCCAUUUUCAGGUAAUGAUAAAAGUUUACCGAGUACUGAUUCUGAUUCCAAUCCAUCGGAAAUUGUCAAAGAUUUGUCAAACACUGUCAAUGUUGUUGAUGACAAUACUAUUAACAAAGAGACAUCUAUUACGACUACUCCGAAGUCAACAAAAAAGAACACUGAUUCCGUAAACAAAAGUAUCAUUGACUUGACAGAACCUGAUAUUUCUAACACAACUAUCAAUGAAAAUAUUGUUAUGGGAAAUGUUUCUGGCCUAAUAGAAGAUGAUGUUUAUGAUGAAAAUACACCGGUACAGGACAUACAAACAUGUGGUUCAACAAAGAUCCCUGCCAUAUUGAAUGCAGAUCUUGAUUUUGAUAAUUUGAAAGGUAACAAUAGAGUUUGUAACAGACAGAGAUAUUCUCUCAGCACUCUCAGAGCUGAAAUGGAGAAGUUUUACAAUGAGAGUUGGGGCGGUGAAGAUUUUAAUCACAGAGAGAUACAGAAAAAUAUGUCAAGAGAUAAGAACCUGUGGCUUAUUGACCCAAAGGACAGAAUGUCAUCAAUGUCGAGACGGAAAACUGCAUGCGGUUAUUGCAAUCGUAUUGGACAUCGUGAUGAUAUGUGUAGAAUGAAACCACCUGUGUGUUUUAUGUGUGGGUCAACAGGACACUUUGAGCCCCGAUGUCCUAGGAAAAUCUGUGUAAAUUGUGGAUCACCAAACUAUGUGUACUCGACAAUGUGUCGAAACUGCUCCAUGUGGCCCAAAAUACGUUGCAUUGAGUGUGGACAAAAUGGACAUCCAGCAAGUCACUGCCCAGAUCUAUGGCGACGUUACCAUAACACUAUCAGCUUGGACAGACCUUUGGAGGAGAAUCGACAAUUUAAAAAACAUUUUCAAUCCUACUGCAGCGGUUGCAGUCGUCGUGGCCAUUUCGUCCAUACUUGCCGGAUAUCCCUUCCAUUUUCAGGCCUACCAAUCAAUUCACCCUUUGUGGCUGUAUAUAGACCGAUUUAUCCUCCAAUUUGCAAUAAUAACUUCAAUGAAAACAACCUAAAUCAAGAUAAUAGACAACCAGAUAGAAGUGUUUCACAAGAUCCUAACAUCUCUUCUGGAUUGCCACCAAGAAAUGACUGCCUCAAACGGCAAUCUAAAUCUCCAGUAAAUCAUGAUACACAUGUAAAUAAGAAAAAGAAUCUUGGUCCACCUGUUGACACUGAGAUACGUCAAGAAACCAAAAGCCCGAUUAAUAAUAAUAAUGGCUUACAAAAGAAAAAUCAACAAAACAAAGAACAAACACUUGUGGUUAAGGAUAUGCCUGAUCCCAACCCUAAAAAUGCUAAGACAGUUGAAGAAAAUUCGGAGAUUAUUAAUAAAGCUCCAGAUGUUAUCUCAGUAUCUGAAGAAAAUCAUGACAAAAGGGGACAGAUCAUACAGGAUAAUGAGGUGUCUGACACUAGCAAUGUUGUUACUUCAGCUAGGAUUUACAUCCCCAAAGAAAUAGUAGAGAUGGUGAAAACAGAAGAAGGUACUAUUUGGUUGAAAGAAGCUGUCAAAAAGAACAAUGUCAUUCUCAUAAGUGACAAUAUUGCAAAUUAUUAUCUAAGCAUUAAAGGCACGCUUGUGAAUCAGGAAGCUUUCCAGGCAGAACUUAGGGAUUGGAUCGCUACAAAGCAAAAUAAACAGAAAUCUGUGUCGGAAAGCGAAACUGAUGUUCCAAAGGAAUCUGUUAACGAACGCUCAGCAUUGUGCAAUGACAUACCAAAAAAUAGAAACAAUAUUUUGCGAAAACUCAAUACAGCUUUUGAAAGUCUAAAAGCUGAUUUGGGUGACCCCAAUGCUCUUUACAAAGAGCUAGUGUAUUUGCAAAAUCGACACCAACAACUCUUAAAGCAAAAGGUGAUAAGCCCUCAACAACUGUCAAAUAAUAAAAGUAAUAUUAAUGUCAUGCUGAAGAAAUUGAACAUGCUACUACUUGGGCAAGCAGGUCUUGCAGAUGGUUCGAGACAUUUAACUGCUUUGCACGUACUUCGAGAGAAACUUAUUAAUUUCAGGCAAAAACAAAUACCAAUAACAAUGCGUGAGGAAAUUGGUGAACAUUACAACUGCAUAUUUACUGCUUAUCCCAGAGAUAAUUACGUCGACCUACUCAAUAUGUUUUACAGUCGAAAAAGAACUGAAACCAUGAAAAAGAGGCAAAAUAAUAAGAUUUUUAAGAAACUCAAGUAUAAUCAAAAGAUUAAAAUGAACAUUCAACUACAACAAAAUGUAAACAAUACUAAUAAUGAUAAUGGUCAAAACGAAUCAUCUGUUAUGACACCUGUUAUGGCAAAAGCAAAGAAACAACUUCAGUUUUAUCAUAAAAAGUUGUUGCGUACGAAACCAAUGGACAUGGUUCAGAAGAAGAGAAAAACGGAACUUAUUCAUAAACUCCACUUGCAAAUAGCGUCUAUUGAGAAAGCAAGUCCUACGAGUAAAAAACAAUUAAAAAAGAUGAAAAAAGUUCAAGAACAAGCUCAGCUUUUCUUGUCUAAUAUAUAAAAUGAAUUUAGGAAGACGAACAUCGUCUUUCCUACACGCGAUAUAUGUUCGCCUUAUUUAGAAGAAGUCGCCAGCAUGUUUCUGCCCAUCUUGAGAUGGAUUUUAUUUAUGUUAUGGCGAUUUUUUCUUAUUAGGUGUAAGCGCACUUUGAAGGUGCAAAUGAAAAUAAACUUCUUAGUGUAAAGUGCAUUAAA